AUGUUGCUCUCAGGUGUUACUCUGGCGGCUUUUGUUGCUACAGCCAAUGCGUUGGAUCUCUCAGUCGCUGCUAGUGGUGGUAAUGCUACAUCUCCUCUUCAGUAUGGGUUGAUGUUCGAGGACAUUAACUAUUCAGGUGAUGGCGGAAUCUAUGCCGAACUCAUUCGUAACAGAGCAUUCCAAGGCAGCACUGAGCACCCAUCUACUCUCCUGGCCUACGACUCUGUUGGAGGUACAUCUUUGUCACUGAAGAACUUAUCUCAGCCUCUUUCCAGUGCUCUUCCUACCUCUAUGAACGUUGCCAUUGCCAAUGCCACAAGUAACGAAGUUGGUUUUUCAAAUACUGGAUACUGGGGCAUUGGCGUUCAGGUCCAACAAUAUACCGGCUCCUUCUGGGUCAAAGGAUCCUACAAUGGCAAAUUCACCGCAUCUCUGAAGUCUGACAUCAACAACGAGACAUUCGCUACUGCACAGGUGCAAUCGCACGCUUCUCCCACCGAGUGGGUCCAGCACAACUACACCUUCACCCCUACCUCUGCUGCACCAAACUCGAACAAUUCGUUCUACCUCACUUUCGACAAGUCUGGUGUCUCUGGUGGAUCGCUUGACUUUAAUCUGAUCAGUCUUUUCCCUCCAACCUACAAGAACAGACCUAAUGGUCUGCGCGUUGAUAUCGCCGAAGCACUGGCGGCAUUGAACGGAAAAUUCCUUCGUUUCCCUGGAGGCAACAAUCUUGAGGGCGACACCCCACCAUACCUCUGGAAGUGGAACGAGACCAUCGGUCCUCUCAAGGACAGACCUGGCAGACCCGGCACCUGGGGUUACGAGAACACCGAUGGAUUGGGUUUGAUUGAGUACCUUCACUGGUGCGAAGAUCUCGAACUCGAGCCUGUUCUUGCUGUUUGGGAUGGAUUCUACCUUGGCGGACCAGUGACUCCACAGGAUCAACUCGAACCUUGGAUCCAGUUUGCCCUCGAUGAGCUUGAAUUUCUGAUGGGUUCGACCAGUACUAAGUAUGGAGCACUGAGAGCAUCCUUGGGUUAUCCUCAGCCAUUCCAGAUCAACUACGUUGAGAUCGGUAACGAAGACAACCUUGGCGGCGGAAACUCCAGUUACUCUGCUUACCGUCUCCCAAUGUUCACCAGCGCUAUCAAGGCAGUCUACCCCGAUAUCACCAUCAUUGCGUCAACGACUACUGUUGACCCCAUCCCUGACCAUAUAUCUCUCGACUACCACGAGUAUUCCAGACCCGACAACUUUGUCCAUGAAUUCAGCCUGUUCGAUCACUACAAUAGAAGCCACCCUAUCUUGAUUGGUAAUAACAACGCCAGUAUGGCUGCAGUAGACUGGAACUCAAACCGACAGAGACUGGCCUUCCCAUCGUGGGAGGGCAGUGUUGCUGAAGCCGUCUUCCUUCUCGGAGCCGAACGUAAUUCGGACAUGAUCAUUGGCGCCUCGUACGCCCCAACAUUGCAAAACCUGAACAGUUACCAAUGGACUCCAGACAUGAUCAGCUUCACUGCAGACCCGACCAAAGACGUCUUGUCGACUUCUUGGCACAUGCUCCAGCUAAUGGCUAACCACAUCGUGACCGAGACUUUGCCCACGAGUGGCGGCAACUUUGGACCUGCUUACUAUGUGGCUGGUUACAACAACCAGACAGGAUCUCACAUGCUCAAGACAGCCGUGUACAACGCUACAAGCAAUGUACCCGUAUCAGUGUCGUUCAAGGGCGUCUCGGCAGGCGCCACUGCCACGUUGACGGUUUUGACAGCACCAAGUCAUGAUAGUUACAACGCUCCUGGCAAGGCAGAAGUGGUGACAUCGACAAACACGACUGUUACAGCCUCUGCUGAUGGGACUUUCAAGUUUGAGCUUCCCAACCUCAGUGUCAGUAGCUGGAGUGGACCUCGUGGGCACAGGACACAACAAGAGAGAGGUGCCUAG